GGAGCAGGGCGAGCCGAUGUCUGUCAACCAGCUGAUCGUCCACCCAGACAGAGAGGGAGAGGGGAGGGGAGAGAGAGAGAGGAGUGACUACUGAUGCUCCAGUAAUCUGCACCGUGUGAGUCAGUGCUGUGGGGAGCAAAACAGAAACAGCAGCAGCAGCGUGAGACACGUUCCUCUCUCGCGAUCGUCAACAACACAGAAGAGCAGGAUGAGAACACUCAGCCGCGACACAUAGGAGGAAGUGAGCGAGAAAACAGAGCAGCUGACAGUACAGGGGGAACACAGAGGACUGUGGAAGAUCACCUGGUUGACAACCGUGACAAUCUACCCAGAAGAAGAGGAAGCUUACUAUUUAGUCUCGGAGGUAGCAGCAGGUUUUGGACCUGACGUGGUGCAGGGAUGUCCUGGUUGUCUCCGGUCCAGUGGGCCAAAUGGACAUGGUCAGCAGUGACUGGAGUAGCAGGAGAAGAGGGGCAACCCACAUCCAAGGAUGGAGAGGAGGACAAUUCAGACUCAGAGGGGACUUUUGGGACGCCAGACGCAGAGUCUCCUGGUGUUGUGAAGCACCUGAGCCAACUGGACAACUCCAACCACACAGUUACAAACCACUUUUUGGACAACAACUCCAACCAGGGGAUCGGCCCAGUUUCAUCCCCGGAUGUUGAUUCGCUGAACAACCUCAGCAGCUCCACACCCAACAACAACCGCAGCUUUGGUUUGGACCAGAACCUCAACCUGACCCUUAGCAACAAACCCAACCCUGGAGGGGUCCAUCUCCCCCAGCCUCAAGCCCUCCGGCCCCCAUCACUGUCCGUCUUCUCCCCGCUAAACAAACCCGAUCCUUCGGAGGUUGACGACGCGGCUCCGGCAGUGUCUGACCCAAACUCCAUCCCCGGUCAUGACAUUUGCGUGGACCCUGAUUUGCUUAACGGCAACAUGAACUCCAACACAAAUCCGACCUGCGAGACCAACGGCACAGUCAACACGAACUCCUGUAAAGUAAAGCAGUGCCAGCCAAUGCAAAAGGAAUACAGCGGACAGGUGAUAAAGGAUGACCACCAUGGAGGCCACGCCACAGACGAGGAGAAGCUGGCGAUCAGCGUCAAACCAGACAAGGACCAAAGCACUCAAGAAUGCCAUGUGACAUCAAAGCCAGAGGACUCAGACUGCUGCUCUGUGUUCGAGGACCCAUGCAAGCUGAAGAACAAAGCAGAGGGAGGUGAAAUGAAGAAAACAGGAAGUCAGGUCCUGGAUUCCAUCUGCAUCAGUGAGGCAGAAAAACAGGCCGUUCUCACCCUCAUCAGAGAAGAGAUCAUCACUAAAGAGGCAGUGGCAAACGACUGGAAGAAAAAGUACGAGGACAGCAAACAAGAAGUCAGCGAGAUGAGGAAGAUUGUUGCAGAAUACGAGAAGACAAUUGCUCAGAUGAUUGAGGAAGAGCAGCGCAGCACGCAGAUUUCCCAGAAGACUUUGCAGGCUGUGACGGCGGAGAAAGAGUCUGCCAUGGCUGACCUGAACUCCGUGGAGCGCUCUCUCUCUGACGUGUUUCGGCGAUAUGAAAAUUUGAAGAGCACCCUGGAGGGCUUUAAGAAAAAUGAGGAGGUGCUGAAGAAAUGUGCUCAGGAGUAUCUGGCCAGAGUCAAGCAGGAGGAGCAGAGAUACCAGACGCUCAAAGUCCAUGCUGAGGAGAAACUAGACAAGGCCAAUGAGGAGAUCGCUCAGGUGCGUGGAAAGGCGAGCUCAGAGAACAUGGCGAUGACGGCUAGUUUGAGGAAGGAGCAGAUGAAGAACGAGUCUCUGGAACAAGCUCUGCUGCAGAAGAAUCAAGAGAUGGACGAACUCACCAAGAUCUGCGAUGAGCUGAUUGCCAAAAUGGGAAGAAUAGACUGAGUGAGUUCCUCCGAUCCUCAGAGCGACGCCCUGUGCAUGAAGAAGCACCUUUCAUACCCUCUGCCAGCCCUGCCACACAGAGACUGCUCAUGUACAGAUGUCUAAAGUAACUUCCUGUAAACUACAAUUGCACUACUUGUGACCCGAACCACGACUGUUCUGUACAUGCUAAUAAUUGUUCUAGUAGGAACUGUGUUGUAUGUAUGUGGUCACGUUGUUUUGUUUGCCUGAAAUGAGGCCAUCUUGUGCUUUGCCCAUCAUGCCAGAGAGCAAAAACCUGCUUGUGAUUCAUUUUUAAUUCCCAGCGGAUUAACAGCUAAACUCCCAGCAACUCGUCGAGAAAUCACGCAGGCGGGGUUGUUUAGAAGUCACAGUUUGGCAUACAGUAUAUUUGAUUAGGCUUUGACGAGGAUUGAUUUUUUUUAUUAUAGCAACAAUCCAUGAAAUGUAUAUUUUGCUAUAAACUCUGAAAGAGAAAAAGCUCAGGGGUAUUGUGCGUGGCAGAAUGAGUUCAGGUUCAAAGUCAGGCUGCACAAGUAAUGGAGGAAAGGAUUUAUGAUUAUUUGAGGACAUACAGAAGUCCUCGGAGGCCUUGGUUAGUUCAGGAGAGAUACUGAAUCCAGAACGAGUCUGCACAACAUGUCAGUGAAUCUAAAGCUGCAAAUAAAUCACAACGUUGGCUUUUCUUAGAUUCUGGACCAUUUAAAUAGACAAAGAAGUAUAAUAAUCUGACAGUAGCAGACCUACCGGUGAUUGUAUAAACAAAGAGGAACUUCAUAAUGAGUAAAACACUAAAUCAACUCCACCACUGUACGCUAGCUAUCCUGUGUUAGAAGUCCUCAAAAACUGGAAAAUAUUAAAACAUGGAGACUAUAUUUUGAUUAAAGAUAUUUUAAGCGAUUAUACGAUUAGCAAGCGAUGCAAUAUGUCACGAUUCAUCACUGUGUUUGAUUGCCACUAAUCACCUUUACCUCCUACCGUGAAGUGUGUGACAGCUUUGUAAGACGUUUAAUCCGUUGCUUCUGCGUGAUGAAGAUGUGAGCGCUCAUGCCUGUAUUUACAGCUCUGCACAGGUUACUCAAGUCUGUUUCUUUGCAUGAUUAUUUUAAGAGCUUUGUUUUUCACAUAAUGCAAAUCGUUUUCUCAAAUCACUGGUAAAACUAGUUGUGUAAUCAUGACUUAAAAGCGGUUUGACUGAGUGGUAAAUGGGUUUCAAACACUCAGUUCUGUGGGUUCGAUCACUAUGGAAAACGUUGUAACGUCCGAUACCCCAGACACAAACCCACUGAUGUGCCACUGUUUAUAUUUGUGCAAUUCUAAUGUCAUGUUACCUCUCAGCUGGUUUGUCAGAAAAAUAUUGUUUUGCUACUUUUGCUUCUUCCUUUAAUUAUUAUUGUUUGUCAUUGUAAAUUAGGAAAGAGGAUCUCACACUUGUGUUGAUGCAUUGACUAACAGUGUACAUUUGCCUGAAUAAACAUAAAUAUAAUUUGUUCUACGUCAA